AAGACUACUAUACAAACUCUCAUCAGCACUUCUCUUUUGGACAGACAGGUUGACAUUGAACUUGCUUCUGUAAACCCGUUCUCUCCAAUUUGCUCAUCAUGGCAACUGAGGAGAAGAAACCAGACACAGAGGCUACUAAAACACAGCCGGCAUCAGCUGCCUCCGCCAGCCAGACCAAGUCAGCACCUGUGAAGCCAAACUAUACCUUGAAAUUCACAUUGGCUGGCCAUACAAAAGCAGUCUCUUCUGUCAAGUUCAGUCCAAGUGGGGAGUGGCUUGCAAGCUCAUCUGCUGAUAAACUGAUCAAAAUAUGGGGUGCAUAUGAUGGCAAGUUUGAAAAGACGAUAUCUGGACACAAACUUGGCAUCUCAGACGUGGCCUGGUCCUCUGACUCCAACCUCCUGGUCUCAGCUUCCGAUGACAAGACACUGAAAAUUUGGGAUGUGAGCUCUGGGAAGUGUUUAAAGACACUGAAGGGUCACAGUAACUAUGUAUUUUGCUGUAACUUCAACCCUCAGUCCAACCUCAUCGUAUCUGGAUCUUUUGACGAGAGUGUGAGGAUUUGGGAUGUUAAAACGGGCAAGUGUCUCAAGACGUUGCCAGCGCACUCGGACCCUGUCUCUGCGGUGCAUUUCAACAGAGAUGGCUCAUUGAUUGUGUCCAGCAGUUAUGAUGGACUUUGCCGUAUCUGGGACACAGCAUCAGGCCAGUGCCUUAAAACACUCAUCGAUGAUGACAACCCACCUGUGUCAUUUGUGAAGUUCUCCCCCAAUGGCAAAUACAUACUGGCUGCCACUCUGGAUAACACUUUGAAGCUUUGGGACUACAGCAAAGGAAAGUGUUUGAAAACAUAUACCGGUCAUAAAAAUGAGAAGUACUGCAUAUUUGCAAAUUUCUCUGUCACUGGUGGAAAGUGGAUUGUCUCCGGCUCAGAGGACAACAUGGUCUAUAUUUGGAACCUUCAGACCAAGGAGAUCGUACAGAAACUACAGGGGCACACAGAUGUGGUGAUCUCAACCGCAUGUCACCCCACAGAAAACAUCAUUGCAUCAGCAGCACUAGAAAACGACAAAACCAUCAAACUUUGGAAGAGCGACUGCUAAGCUUCAAACUUAUAUUACUUUAUUAUAUAUUUUUUAAUUUUGUACUGUUCAUUUUGUGUGUAGGGGGGACUUUUCUGUUAUUUUUAUUUGAAAGGUCAUGCUAGGCCGUUCACACUGACAUCAAGGCUCAGCAAGAGGACUGGUGAACAUGACCUUGCCCGACAUACCCUCUCCUAACACAGCACGCUCUCUCUGCUCACGUGCACUAAAGCAGUAACUUUCUCUCUACUUUGCCGCCAGCUCUCGUUCAUCAGUUUAAGCAUCCAGCAAAACUUUUCACCAGUCUGUAAAUCUAGGCAGCUUCUUUGAACUUCACAGACCUAUUAGGACAAAGAGAGUGUAUCGUUUUUUUUUUUUGUUUUGUUCUUUUUGUAAGUUUUGUAGAAUGACCCCUAUCUAUCUGUCUAUUAGUGGUUUGCACACUUCCUAAAGCCAGCAGAGUGCCUUAGGCACAUUUUAAGUGGCCAUUUUAACAAAUGUUUGGAGUAUUGCAUUUCUCUGCCUGUAUUUGUGGCAUUUAUAUGAGCAAUUUCCUUCCCACCAUUAUUUGGCCGAAAAGAGGUUUCACAAACUUCUCAGUUGUGACCACCUCAAAGACUUCCCUUGUCUUACAAGUGUCAAAUCAAACUCCAUGUAUGAAAUGUAUUGUCUGGCAGAAGGGUGUUUUGAACAUCCACUGUUUUUGUUUAUUUCUGUACAGCACAAAAACGCAAUUGUUAAAUCUGCAAUUAAAAUGAUUCAUUGUGUUAUAGUUGCUAAGCUAGUUGUCAGACAUCGUUUAUGGUUUUCAGUGGCUCAAUAUCGUCUUGGCAGUGCUAACAAUAAAACUUUCUCUUUUGUUAUGAAAGCUUAUAGCUGUUGCAAACAAUGUAUGCCAAAAGUUCACUUUAUUGCUACAGCUGUAGCACCUAUGUUCAUAUCAGUUUUGGUGCUUAUGAAAAAUAAAACUGUACAAUAUAUUGGGAUGGAGCAGAAGUUUGGUCAGAGCUUUCAGAGAAAGUAUCGGGUUAAAAGGAAAGGUUUCUAGUAGACUUCAAUUACACAAAAUUCAAAUGUUCAUUCUGUGCUUCAAAACUAUUUUUACUGCACAAUCUGGUAAAACAUUCAGUUACUAUUAUUUGUAUGUGGUUUCAAUUGCACAACUUAUGCAAGGAGGAGUGUUGCUGCAAGGUAAAUAUGCCAUAACCUUAUAUAUCUUGACCAAAAGCAGUCUGGAUGUAUUUAGAGCCUUGGGAUGUUUUCUGUAUCUGACAGUUUGUGUACAUACUUGCUGCUUCUCUGUUCUUUGAUAUGUUUACCUCUAUUCUGUGGUCUUAACUGUGUCUCGAAUAGGUGAUAGUACUUUGAGUGUUUUCUUUUUCCUCCUUGAUGUGGAUGAUGGUUUGGCAUCAACCCAUCCUCAGCCUCUGGACUCUCUCUGUUCUCUUGUUCUUGGCCGGAUUUCCAGUGCACUGCAGUGAUGAUUAAGGGCCGCAUGAGGAAUUCUCUCUGUAUUGCAUUUAGUCACUUUGGACAUGACCUGUGACUCAAUAAAGAUUUUUUUUAUUACCUGUA